UCUCCCCGGACUACCUUAUUAAAUGACAGGCCUAGAAGGCUCCCCUAGGGACUCCUGUCCUUUCUCCUGGGUGCAGCCUGGCCUUUGGGCUUCUGGAACUCCGGACAGUGAAAAGGACUGCCCUAAAAUGCAGAUGCAGAAGCUGAGGCACACGAAGGUUAAAUAAUUGGUGGUCAUACAAUUAACAAGUAUCCAGAACUGGAAUUUGAAUGCAGGCCCCUGAUCUAAAGUCUGGGCUUAUCUCCUCUAUGGAUGUAAAGUGCCCAAUGCUAUCCUGGGCACAUAGAGCCUUGGAAAAGGUGAUGUGAGCAGAUCCCAGGAAUGCCUUAUGUGGAUCGGCAGAACCGAAUCUGUGGGUUUCUGGACAUCGAGGAGCAUGAGAACAGCGGCAAGUUUCUGCGGAGGUACUUCAUUCUGGACACCCAGGCUAACUGCCUCCUCUGGUAUAUGGACAACCCCCAGAAUCUGGCAAUGGGGGCAGGAGCUGUUGGAGCUUUGCAGCUGACCUACAUCUCGAAGGUAAUGUUGACCUGGAACUCUGGGAAUUCAUGCUCUGUGAGCAUAGCUACCCCAAAACAGAAACCAAAAACUCCAUUUUGCUUUGUUAUCAAUGCCCUAUCUCAGAGAUAUUUCCUUCAAGCCAAUGAUCAGAAAGAUAUGAAGGACUGGGUUGAAGCCCUGAACCAAGCCAGCAAGAUCACCGUUCCCAAAGGUGGGGGCCUACCCAUGACCACUGAAGUUCUCAAGAGCUUAGCAGCUCCUCCAGCCCUGGAGAAGAAGCCACAGGUGGCCUAUAAGACGGAGAUCAUUGGAGGGGUGGUGGUCCACACACCCAUCAGCCAGAACGGUGGGGAUGCGCAGGAAGGGAGUGAGCCUGGGUCCCACACCAUCCUUCGAAGGUCUCAGAGUUACAUCCCCACAUCAGGCUGCCGUGCUUCCACCGGGCCUCCCCUCAUUAAGAGUGGUUACUGCGUGAAGCAAGGGAAUGUGCGGAAGAGCUGGAAACGUCGCUUCUUUGCACUUGAUGACUUUACCAUCUGCUACUUCAAGUGUGAGCAGGACCGAGAACCACUGCGCACUAUAUUUCUUAAGGAUGUUCUCAAGACCCAUGAAUGUCUGGUCAAGUCUGGUGAUCUCUUAAUGAGGGACAACCUGUUUGAAAUAAUAACAAGCUCCAGGACCUUCUACGUACAGGCGGACAGUCCAGAAGACAUGCACAGCUGGAUUAAGGAGAUUGGGGCAGCUGUCCAGGCCCUCAAGUGCCACCCCAGAGAAACGUCCUUUUCUAGAUCCAUUUCUUUGACCCGACCUGGAAGCUCCAGCCUUUCAAGUGGGCCCAACUCUAUCCUGUGCAGGGGGCGGCCACCUUUGGAGGAAAAGAAAGCCCUCUGCAAAGCCCCCUCUGUGGCCUCCUCCUGGCAGCCCUGGACACCUGUCCCCCAGGCUGGGGAGAAGCUGCUUCCACCUGGAGAGACUUCAGAGGACUCUUUGUUCACGCCUCGUCCUGGGGAGGGCAGCGCUGCUGGGGUGCUGCCCAGCUCCCGGAUAAGGCACAGAUCGGAGCCCCAGCACCCCAAGGAGAAGCCGUUUAUGUUCAACCUUGAUGAUGAAAACAUACGGACCUCUGAUGUGUGAUGGAGCACAGUGCCGUGGGAGGGAGGGAGGGAGGGAGGACUUGAGAGGAGGCUGUGACUCAGUUUCUCUACCUUGUUGGAGGGUAGUCAGAGGCCUUUAUGUCACUCAUAUUCCUGUGGAUGCUCUUUGGGAGGGAGGGGCCCAUCCAGCUGGCUGUGUGUGUGUGUGUGUGUGUGUGUGUGUGUGUAAUAUCAACGCAGUGUAUUUAAUUUGGGGAAGUCACUAGGUUAGAACUGUAGGCAUACUCAGUGGAGAGGAAGCCACCUAUUCUAUUCUAACUAUUCUGAGGUCUUCCUGGAGAGGGAUUAUUUUAGCAGCUCCUCUCCAGAAGGGGCUGGAAGUCCGGUUUCACCAAUGACCAAGUUUUAUUUCCUUGUCCUUGUUUUAGUUUUUUCAUUUUGUUUUCAGUCCAGGUGCCUCGCAGCUCUUUUGGAAUGGGCCAGCAUUAGUCUAAUUUUAAGCGCUAUGUGUUUUGUACCCUUGCAAACUUGCUUUCUCUUUCUUCUUGCUGUUGCCCUUUGAAUGAAGCCUUGUGUGCUUGCAUGAUCAGACCCUGUAAUAGGAUGAGUUUCCAUGUACUUAACAUGAAGAGAUAUAAAAAGAAUCUAGAGAGAGAGAGAUAUAUUUUUAAUGAAAUAGAAUUUUGGCAUAGAAACAUUGAUUUAGACGUUAUGAGUUGCUGGCCAGAGAUUCCUCAGAUAAAAGAGCCUAGAAAAUUGAGUUUUGGGCGGGCGUGGUGGCUCACGCCUGUAAUGCCAGUACUUUGGGAGGCUGAGGCGGGUGGAUCACCUGAGCUCAGGAGUUCGAGAUCAGCCUGGCCAACAUGGUGAAACCCCGCCUCUACUAAAAAAUAUGCAAAAUUAGCCGGGCGUGGUGGUGCAGGCCUGUAAUCCCAGCUACUCAGGAGGCUGAGGCAGGAGAUUCACUUGAACCCGGGAGGUGGAGGUUGCAGUGAGCCAAGAUCGAGCCGUUGCACUCCAGCCUGGGCAACAAGAGUGAAACUUUGUCUCAAAAAAUAAAAGAAAAUUGAGUGGCCCACCCAAAUUUUAGGGCGUACCUCCUUCUAUUUGAUAAGAAGAUACUAUUUUCACUGUCCCUGGAAGAAUUCUUCCAUCCAAUUUAUAUGGUGAAUUGCCACCAGCGUUCCCUAAAGGAAGAGAGAACUUAGCUUAUUUCUGUCUGUGACUUUUAUCAGUUAGAUCAGUUAAUUGUAUUUUUAAAUUAAAAAUUAGUAACUAGAGGAAGAGACUAAGAGAACUAUUUUUACCUGAAUAAAUGCUCUACUCUUCUUGUGUCCAAAUCUAAUGCAGAGGUGAAAACACUUGAUGAGAAAAUCCUUAGUGGCUCGAGGGGAAUCACGUUUCUUUCAGGACGUGUUGUUUCCCUGAAGUCUGUGUCACACUGAGAACUUUUUCUGACUGCACUGGUUUGGAGCUAUUCAUUUAAAUUGAGUUUGGCCCAGUUGUCCUAGUAUAAAAUAGGAAAUCUACAUUUUUCUCUACCUUCCAUCCCUUCCCCUGCCUUUCCUAUACACGCUGGUGUGCUUUUGCCCUCAGGAAUUCUUGGUUUGGGAGUUAUUUAUUUAUGAGUGAUCAAGGUUACGACAAUACUUGGAGCGGCAUGAUUUCAAGAAGCCAUUCCAAAUUCUUAUAGCUCCUUAGCUCUGGUUUUACUUUCAUAUUUUCCCCAAGAAAAUUCUUUGGCUAUUCAAAGAAAGCACAAAAUAUGUGAUGUGGAACUAAUGAAAAUAGGGACUUUUGAGAUCUCUUUAAAUAUUCCCUGACUCACGGAAAAAAGGUCCUCUUUUGGUGUUUACAUUGUGAAAAUCUACCCAUUUCUCUCUCUCUCUCUCUUUUCUUUUAAAUAAAUUAUCUGAUAAGGCCGGGCACGGUGGCUCACGCCUGUAAUCCCAGCACUUUGGGAGGCCAAGACGGGCGGAUCACGAGGUCAGGAGAUCGAGACCGCGGUGAAACCCCGUCUUUACUAAAAAUACAAAAAAAAAAAUUAGCCAGGCACAGUGGCAGGCGCCUGUAGUCCCAGCUACUUGGGAGGCUGAGGCAGGAGAAUGGCGUGAACCCGGGAGGCGGAGCUUGCAGUGAGCCGAGAUCGCGCCACUGCACUCCAGCCUGGGCGACAGAGCAAGAUUCCGUCUCAAAAAAAAAAAAAAAAAAAAAUUAUCUGAUAGGUUACUAUUGCUAAAUUAAUUGGCCCUUAUAAUAAGCUGACUUGUUUCUUAUUCAGCAAGAUCUCUUUUGAGAGUGUGACAAAUUAAACAUACAUAGACUCCAUAUGGUAUUAUGCUGAUAAAGGGAAACGAGGACACUAAGACUGUCAAAUGGAAAUCUCCUUGUCAAUUGGCAAACACUUGGGAAUUCCACGUUAGAGCAUUGCUUGUUUUUAAUUUUUUUUUUUUAAUUUUUAAAAGACAGGGUCUCACUCUCUUACCCAGGCUAGAGUGCAGUGGCGUGAUCAUAGUUCAUCAUAACUUUGAAUCCGUGGGCUUAGGCAAUCCUCCCAUGUUAGCUUCCCAAGUAGCUAGGACUACAGGGUUGUGCUACCACGCCUGGCUAAUUUUUAGUUUUUUUUGUAUGUACAGGGCCUGGCUAUGUUGCCCAGGCUGUCUCAAACUCCUGGGCUCAAGUGAUCCUCCUGCCUUGGCCUCCUAAAGUGCUGGGAUUACAGGUGUGAGCCACUGCGCCUAGCUAGAACGUUGUUAAUGUAGUUCAAUAUGAGAUAAAUUAUUAUCUUCAAUGAAACAAGCUCUGAAAGCAUUCUCAUUCCUAAAUUGUAUUUCAAACUUCCUAUUUUGUUGAUAUUUCUUAACUUCUGGCCAAUUUUAAACCAUAAUCUUUUAAUGUGAACCAAAGAUGGUACGUAUUUGACCAAAGCAGUUAGUUUUAAAUGUAUAAAAUUGAACCAAAUGGAAAAAAUAGGAUGGGGAUGCAGUAUAGAUUAGUGACUAAGUGCAUAGGGUCUGGAGUAAAUCUGAGGUUUUUUUUUUUUAAAGGAACUAAAAAAUGUACUGCAUUUUCUUUGUGGAAUAAAAGCCUUGCCUGAGUUGUGCUAUUUUCAUAAGGCUUUUGAAGUGGUCUUGACCCACUGUGUGUAACAGUAUUUCAGGUGGUCUUCCCCAUGGCUGAAUAAUGCCAUCCAUUAUUCUUUAAUUUUUAUUUUUAGAAAUAGUGUUUCACUCUGUCACCCAAGCUGGAGUGCAGUGGCCUGAUCAUGGCUCACUGCAGCCUGGACCUCCUGGGCUCAAGUGAUCUUCCUGCCUCACAGCCUCCGAAAGUACUCAGAUUACAGGUGUGAGCCACCACGCCUGGCCACCAUCUAUUACUUUUGAAAGCUUCAAACGACUUGCUUACUCAAUGUCAGCUGAUGGUUGGUAAAAAUAAUUUGGCCUUUAGUGUUAAGUGAGACAUCAUAAGGGUAUUGAAGCAUACAUUAUGGAGAUUGAUGUCAGGUCAGAAUAUUGGAGUUAUACAUCUAUUUCUGAGUUGAAUACUCAGCUCCCACGAGAAAGAAAGUAGUUUUAAGGUCCAGCUUCUUAGUCUACUUGAAGCAAAUUUUUUUUCUUUUCUAUUUCUGAAUAUAAAUAUACUCUUAUGUGGGCUAAAAGGACCCCAUGAAUAAAUAGCAGGUUCAGUAGUUGAGGAGUGGAAUUUAGUAGGUUUGUUUUUAGUGUAAAUUAGAUAACAUAUGUGGAGGUCACAGCAUUUUGGAAAUUGAGUGUCCCCAAGUGAGCUUUGUUUAUAAACUUUUGAAAUGUCGGAAGUGGACAGGUUUGUUAAAUCUUGUCUGCCAGCACCCUUUUCUUCCUUUGUUCCUUUUGCUCUCUGUGUUAUUGCCUGCGGCAGCCAGUCCUUCAUACUAGAUAGAGUUCAGAUAAAGCAAACGUUUGGCAAAAACAUACUGUUUGACCUCCUCCCCCUCUGCUUAUGAAGGGGUAGCAUGAUUCUGUGUUUUAAAGCAGUGAUGUUUCAGCUGUGAAAUGCACUCGCUGUAAGCUCUAGGCUGAGUGCAUGGAAACUGUUACGCUUCUCAUUUUAUGUGAUCUCCUAAUUGGUAUGUAGCAAAAAUUUUCUAAAACUGUUUUGUGGCUUGUUUUGUAAUAAAACCAUGUGAAAUACUGAAA